AUGCCUCAAAGACCCAACCGUGGAAACAACACAACACCGAACCCACUAGAAUCAAACUCAGUUGCAUUCCAAGAAGCAGUGUCUGCUGCAGUCACUGCAACACUUGCGCAGAUUCGCAACGGAAACAACAGAGAAGGCAAUAGACAGGGAACGGGAAGCACAAAUAAAGGAACAAACCAUGACACCACACGGACCUGCACCUACAAGGACUUCACCAAUGCCAAACCUCGAACCUUCAAUGGAACAGGAGGCGUAAUAGCCCUAAAGCGAUGGAUUGAGAAGGUGGAAUCAGUUUUUGAAAUUUGCGGGUGUCCGGAAGGGUGUAAGGUCAAGUUUGUGGCCUGUACAUUCAUUGAUCAAGCUCUCUCCUGGUGGAAUGGUCACGUAGAGGCCAUGACCCUCCCGGUGGCGAACGCGAUGCCAUGGCAAGAUCUUAAGGAAAUGAUGUUGGCUGAAUACUGUUUGAGAGGUGAAAUCCAGAAGAUGGAACAAGAGUUGUGGAAUCUCACGAUUCAAAAAUCUGAUAUCGACGCAUACAUAUCCAGGUUUAGUGAGUUGUCUCUCUUGUGUCCCAGAAUGAUCACCUCUGAAGGGAAAAAGAUUGAGAGGUUUAUCUGGGGAUUGAUCGCGCCAAUCCAAGGGAAUGUCAUUGCAGCAAACCCUAAUACGUAUGAUAGUGCAAAGAGGUUGGCCAAGAAAUUGUAUGAUCAUGGCAACAAAAAGGGUGCCAAAACUGGAGAAGCGGAGGUUAAGAAAGAAGGUGAGAACAAGAAGGGGAAAAACAACAAGCGAAAGGGAAAACAAAACUUUGAAUCAUCAAAGAAACAACAAAUUGUGACUGUCCAUGCUGCAACUCAAGCUACCACCACACCACAUGCUCCAGCCUCAUCCACACCAAAUAAUCCCAAGCAAUACUCAGGGACCCUUCCUAAGUGUAGCAAAUGCAAAUUUUACCAUUAG